CGCGAACAUGGCGCCGCCCGAGCGCGCCGACGCCGCGAACGCGAAGGCGAUCGACGACGCCGCGCGCGAUGCACUGUUCGGCGCGCUCCUGCGCAAGGGUGGUAAUCGUGCGUGCUUCGAUUGCGGAUCGCCGUGCCCGAAGUGGACGUCGAAAAACUUUGGCGUCUUCGUCUGUCUCGACUGCUCGGGCGUCCAUCGAUCGCUCGGGGUGCACGUGAGCAUGGUGAAGAGCGCGAACAUGGAUCGGUGGAGCGCGAACGAGCUGGACGUGUUCAGGGUGACGAAAGGGAACGAUAAGGCGAGGGCGUUUUUUUCAAAGCACGGGUGGAGCGCGGCGGAACGAGGACGCAUCGGGCAAAAGUAUACGUCUCGAGCGGCGAUGUUGUACGCGAAACAGAUCGCGAAGGAGGUCGAGGCGUUGAGGUCGAGUGGGGAGGCGCCGACGUCGCCGAGAUCGCCACGGGGGGGGGACGUGUUGGAGGAGGAUGACUUUUUCAAACUCGCCGAGAAGGAAGCCGCGCCGGCGGCGGCGAAGAAGGUGGUGGAGUCGAAACCGGCGGAAGUGGCGGUGAAACGCGCGGUAGAGGUGAAGAAACCAUUACCGUCGAAGCCGAGAAGUUCGAUUUUCGCGAAACGGCCGAUGAUGAGCUUACCGAAGACGAAAACUGGGCCGGGAGCGAUGGCAAAGGCGCCUGCGACUUCGCCGGGCUUUACUUCAACCGAACCGCUGGCGGAAGAAGAGGAACCGGCAAUGGGCGAGCAAUCGGAUGAAGAAGAAGUCACCGUCGUGUCGCCCCCAGCGCCCGCCGUCGCACCGCCGGCGCCGGCGCCGGUCGAAGUGAAGAAGCCUUCGAACAUUGGUCGCUCGGCUGAUGGGCACGUGACAUUGCUCAAUCCCAAGUUCACCUCGAGCGCGCCGCAACAACAGAAGUCGAGUCCAAGCGGGACUUACAGACCGAACUACUACACCAACCCAGAUCCGCGUUACGGUUUGCACAAUACGCAAGGCGCACAAGCUCCACAAGCUUCUGCGGGAAGAUACUCAUCGCCAGCAGCGAACAGUUCUUCGUACGGCAAUUACGGCAACAUGAGUUCGGCGUCGUCAAACCAGUACGGCCAGCGCGACGGGAGAUUUGAUGGGUUCGACGGUGACGACACCGAUUUGAGUGCGCGCGAUCUCAUGCAAAAAAUGUCACUCGCCGCGAAGAACGAUUUGCACGCUGUGAAGAAUGUCGCCAGUCGUGUUGGAUCGACGUUGCGCUCAGCCGCCAAUAGUCUUUACGACGAGUUGCAAAAGAGUUAGAAAUGUUUGUUGUAACAACAC